AACAACUUCUAACUAUUGCAACAUAAUUAAAAAAAGCUUAAUUGCCUUUUCAGUCUCAUCAUCGAUUCUUGGUUCCUCAUUCAUGGCAGCUUCUUCCUUCUUCAACAGAGUCUCCAAGGCUCUCAACUCUUCACCUUCCUCCUACAAACUCGUGCUUCUCUGCACUCUCACUCUCAGUGGUGGAGGUGUGGUGGCAUACUCAGAAUCACAAUCAGAACCUCACCGAAAAAAGAAAGUGGUUGUUCUUGGAACAGGAUGGGCUGCUACCAGUUUCCUGAAGGAUUUGGAUGUUUCUAUAUACGAUGUCCAGGUUGUUUCGCCUCGUAACUACUUUGCAUUUACUCCCUUGUUACCCAGUGUCACUUGUGGGACAGUUGAAGCACGCAGCAUCGUCGAGCCAGUCCGAAACAUCAUAAAAAAGCGAAAAGGAGAAAUAAAAUUUUGGGAGGCAGAAUGUGUCAAGAUUGAUGCUGCAAACAAAAAGGUUUCCUGUCGGUCCAAUAUUGACAACUUAGUGGGUAGUGGUGAAUUUUCUCUCGACUAUGACUUAUUGGUCGUAGCCGUAGGAGCACAAGUAAAUACUUUCAACACUCCUGGUGUCAAGGAGAACUGUCAUUUUCUGAAGGAUGUUGAGGAUGCUCAGAAGAUCAGGCUGUCUGUGAUAGAUUGCUUUGAGAAGGCUGUUCUUCCUAGCCAAUCUGAAGAGGACCAAAGGUCAAAUCUUCACUUUGUAGUUGUUGGAGGAGGUCCAACUGGUGUUGAGUUUGCUGCAGAGCUGCAUGAUUAUGUCCAAGAAGAUUUAAUCCAGUUAUAUCCCACCGUUAAAGAUUUAGUGAAGAUAACUUUGAUCCAAUCAGGAGAUCACAUUUUGAAUAUGUUUGAUGAAAGAAUAAGUUCAUUUGCUGAGAAGAAGUUUACCAGAGAUGGUAUAGAAGUUCAAACAGGAUGCCGAGUUGUCAAUGUUAAUGACAAGGAAAUUACAAUGAAGGUGAAAUCAACAGGAGAGGUUUGCUCUGUGCCCCAUGGAUUGAUUGUCUGGUCCACUGGCAUUUCAACUAUUCCGGUUAUAAGAGACUUUAUGGAAGAAAUUGGUCAGACUAAAAGGCAUGUGCUAGCAACUGAUGAAUGGUUGCGAGUGAAGGGAUGCGAAGCUGUGUACGCCGUUGGUGAUUGUUCUACAAUAGUUCAACGUAAAAUCAUGGAUGAUGUCUUGGCCAUAUUUGAGACUGCGGACAAAGAUAACUCCGGUACCUUAACUGUUGAAGAAUUCCAGGAUGUUAUGGAUGACAUUCUCUUAAGAUACCCUCAAGUAGAACACUAUCUAAAGAAGCAACAUAUAUAUGACUUUACCAUGCUUUGGAAAGAUUCACAAGGAAAUGAAAGAAAAGAAAUAGACAUAGAAGGGUUUAAGCUGGCCCUUUCUCAAGCAGAUUCACAGAUGAAGACUCUGCCAGCAACUGCACAGGUUGCUGCCCAACAAGGUACAUAUCUAGCUAGAUGUUUUAACAGCAUGGAUCAUUGUGAACAACAUCCUGAAGGUCCUCGACGCUUUACAGGAUCUGGACAUCAUAGGUUUCUUCCUUUCCGGUACAAACAUUUUGGGCAAUUUGCUCCACUGGGUGGGGAGCAGGCAGCUGCAGAACUUCCUGGAGACUGGGUUUCCAUUGGUCACAGUACUCAAUGGCUUUGGUAUUCUGUAUAUGCAAGCAAGCAAGUGAGUUGGCGCACAAGGUAUUUGGUCGUGUCUGAUUGGGCGAGAAGAUUCGUAUUUGGGAGGGAUUCAAGCCGAGUUUAAUUUGUGAACUGGCGCACAAUGUAUGAAUUAUUUUGUUGCACAUUCUUUCUCUCUGUUAAUUCUUGGACCUGAUGUACAGUGAUAUUUUUUUAUGGAACAUUUUGUUCCACCUUUGAGAACUGCCAUCAUCAAUUGGAUGGCAGUGUUUGUGUUUACAGCUUUCGUUUUGCAUCAGUAUUCUUGUGGUUGGUAUACAAAAGCAAGUUUUUUA